CUGUGAUAUUAACAACCAGUCGUCUGCCAGCCAGCAUGUCGUAUUAUACGAAUAAAGUUAUCAAACCUCAAUAUUUAUAUCGUUUUACAAAGUGAUCGACACAUAAAUACAUAUUUACAAUGUUAUCGCCAGCAAAAACUAUACUGAUCGUGACGUUUCUGGAUAUGUUUGGUGUCGGUUUGAUAAUUCCCCAGUUGCAUAACCAAGCGCAGCUGCUUGGCUGCAGCCAUGUCCUCAUCGGAAUCAUGGGGGCAAUAUACUCAGCUUCUCAACUUGUGUUUGGACCAAUAAUUGGAAAUUUAAGUGACUUAAAGGGCAGGAAGCCGACACUAUUGUUCAGUUCGGCAUUGUGCGGAGUUGCUUAUAUAUUGUUAGGAUUCACAACAUCUAUUGUAUUAUUCUUUUCACUACGAUUAUUUCUUGGUAUCGUUAAACAGACGCAACUAUUGGCAAAAUCAAUAGCACCGGACUGCGUGAAGGAGUCAGAUGACCAUUCAGCUCUAUUUGGAAAGCUGUCAACGCUUUCUACAAUGGGAAUAACAGUGGGUCCCGUCAUAAGUGGGCAUUUGGUCGAGGCCUUUCCUGACAAUGGAUUUACCAUAAUUACCUUUAUUGUCGCUACGAUGUUUGCUAUUAACACCUACCUCAUAAAUCAGUUACCAGAUAACUCUAAAGACAGAAAACAUGAUGAUAAUAAAAACCAACGAAAAGAAAUGGGUGUCGCUGCAAAACUUAUCGACACUGUGAGAAGAAGCAUACAGGAAUCCGUAGACGAUUUGAAAAAAGUCGACUGGGCGAAGUAUUGGGACGUUUUUCUAUUCAAACUCAUUAUUGGCCUUUGCAUGGGAAUGUACUUCAGUAGUUUUGCUGUCUUCUUGAAAACCGAACACGGUGUUACCCCAAAAUAUAUAGGUUACAUAGUAGCUUUCAAAGGUGCUGUCACUGCACUAUGCUCAUAUUUUAUUGAACACAUAAACCGACUGUACAGAAAUGAUACUCAUGCCAUUCAGAGAACUUUUCACAUCUUUAUAGCUAGCACAGUGGCUUUUUUGGGCAUGGGUUUGGCGGGUACACUGUCGUUGUACAUUUUAUUUGUUAUACCUCUAGCUAUAAGUAAUGCUGUAAGUAGAGUGACUAAUUUAGAGAUGAUAGUUAAAAGGGGUAAUGAUGAACACAGAGGAUCCGUAAUAGGAGCAGCCGCCAGUGUCAGGUCAUUAUCAGGCGUUGUAACUCCUCUCCUUUCAGGAGUUAUAAGCGAGUACAUUGGUGUUCCGUACGUUUUAUUUUCCGCUGCUUUGUUUGCUGCUAUCGGGGUCGUAGUAAGUUACAAGAUAAGAACAUCUUUAGAUACAGAUAAAAUGAAGAGUGAAUAAUGAUUUCUAAUAAAAUAAAUUUAAGUUUGUGUAUAAAAAAUUAGUUGUAAUUUUGUAAAAAGAAAUACUGUGAUCAUUUUAAAUUAUUUUAUUUGUUAUUACGACUGUAAAUAAAGUAUUUUGUUAGAAAUCUAUGUAUUUUAUUAUAAUGGAACGUAUACACUAUUAUGUACGAAAGUGUAUCACGAUAAGACUAUAAAUAUUUAUCGAUAACAUAUUUAAUAUUUUUGUACAAGCAGUUGUUUAACGGUACCAGCAUUCCUGCUGUAUUAUGAAUAUUAUCGUGCUUUGUAAAUAGCUAACUUUAUUUUUAUAAUAUAAGGCUCAAGGAUGGCAGGCAGAGGGUGGCUAAAUGGCACCUAUUUUUUAUCGUCUGGAAAAUUGUUACGUAUACCCCGUCUCCUGGGAGUGACGGCGGGAUUAUGUGCGAUUUCUCUCCCUCUUCGCACCCACUCACUCAGUUAGCCUAAGGACUGGCUCAGCGGUUGCUAGAGAGGAAGGGGCCUACCUACUAAAAACCUGACGAAGCCCCUUACCUCACCAGCAAGCCGCGGUCUCGUCGGGCGGAAGAUGCACCAACUGGAGGCAUCGGAAGUCCUUACUGAUACUUCCGCGAACCCACCAGUGAAUGUCCUAUUCAAAUGAACCCACCCGUCUUCGAGAUGCCCCGGAGCAUCAGGGGCAUCCCCGACCGUCAAAAGAGACCAGUGCAAUGCAAAGCCCAGACACCCCAAGUCUGGACCCUGUUGGCCUCUGCCGAGAGGUGUUACGAGGCGGACAUGAUGCUUUCUCCUAGCUCCGACCCACUUCGGCGAAGAGAAUCCGCAUGAGCUCCUACUUCACGGAAUUUCUCCGCUGCUUCCUUUUGUGAGAUGACAUGUUCAAAAAAGGAGAUUACCGCCUGCCAAAAUCUUACACUACCCAGUAUAGCUUGGAGCAUGCCGGGCAGGAAGAGCUAGUGCCCACACCACUGACGCAACCAGGCUGCAAGGGUGCUGAUUCCACGCUGAACGCAACGGUAACGAAUAAGCUAAUAACAGAGUUAACAGGUGGCGUGUUGUAAUUUCUCGAGAUUUAUAAAAAAGUAGGAAGGUACGAUUAAUCCGGGGGGUGGUCUGGAUAAGUCCGGGUACUGAUAUUCCCCAUUUUUCUGUACGCUGCCGAGACGUGGACGCUGAGAGAAAUUGAGAAAAAGAAAAUAGAUGCACUAGAGAUGUGGUGCUGGAGGAAGAUGCUUGGAGUGAAGUGGACAGAGUUUCGCACCAAUGCAUCUAUUCUCCAAGAACUCAGUGUCAAACAGCGUCUAACAAACGUAGUCCAGACUCGAAUACUACAGUUCUUUGGGCACGUUUCACGACGGGACAACACGUCCAUAGAGCGUCUUGUAGUACAGGGGAAGGUCGAAGGCACGAGGGCACGUGGCAGGUCGCCCAUGCGCUGGACCGACCAGAUCAAAUCGGCAGUAGGCGGCCCCUUGCACGAGUGCACACGUAGCACAACCGACAGGGAAGGAUGGCGUCGCAUCGUGAAGAGGAUUAUGGCUGCCCGGAACCUGACCGCUACCUGAUGACCACGACCGCUCUGUCAAGAGUGAAUCGGCAAAGAAGAAUGCAUUAACAGUCCCCUAUGGGUUUACCGUGUCUGUCCCGUAGAGGUCGGGGAUGCUCUACUGGCAAACAUGUCAGGGACCUCGGUUCUCGGGAUGUGUGUCGGAUGAAAGGUGUUGGAGUAUAUUGUCUUGUUUUUACUGUAGAAAUAAAGGGAUAUUUUUUUUCACCGAGCCGAUAGGCUGGGUGCAAUGAGUGGGGAGAAGUUCACAGAUACCUCCGUCGCGCUUCUUCCGGUGUGCGGAGAAUGCGUAAUACAUUUUCCAGAAAAAAAAAUGCGAUUAUUCCAAGACAUACAAAUUUCUGAUAUUAAUCUAUAACAGUAAGAGGUCGAUAGCGGUCGUCUAAUUAAAACGUCUAUUAAUAAACUAAUUACAGAGCAGAGUGCAGGUGUAGGGCCGGAGCCGGGGUUCCCACGCGGUGUUCCUUCCGGGGCGGCGACCCGUGACGCUACCGUCUUAGCGCCUUCCAUUGUUCCACUCUGAAAGAGGCACACACGCGAUUUUGUGGGGCGUCUUGCGAUAUAAAG